AUGACACUUGAAGAACUCAGACAAAGAGAAGAUGAAGAGCAUGCGAAUUUGAUACGACAGAAUGCAGAUUUAAGAGAAGAGAAUCUCAGAUUGCACGAACAAAGAUCAAGAAGCGCUACGCGAUCAAGAUCAAGAACUAGCAGAAGUUCAUCAAGAAAAAGUCGAUCAAAUCGAAGAGAUGUCAGGCGAGAGCAAACAUUAGAUAAUAUUGAUGAGAAUUUGCAAGAAGACGAUAAUCUACAAGAUCAACGAGACGAGAGACGCACAGUAAAUGAUCGAUACGAGCAGCCACAUGAGCAUCAUCGCAGACAAGAAGAUCAAAGGAACAAUAGAUUUCAAGAUGCAAUCGAAAGUCAUCGUACUCGCUACGAGUCAGAUAAUGAUGGAGAACAUGAUCCAGAACAAGGGAUAAUUCUAUUACAUGGUAGACAAAUUUUGAGGGAUCAAUAUGCACGCGAACAAGCGGAAGAGAGAAACAAUAAUGUUCGCGAACGUGCGUGA